AUGGACCAACCGGGUCCGUCGUCUUCGAACCAAGAUCCUCGUUUUGAUUUCAUUGGCUCCUAUGCUGUAAAAUCUUUAAAGCUUAAACCAGAAAAAUGGAUGCGAUUAGUAAGCGUAGAGGAACACAGGUCCAUUUUAAAAGAAUUCGUAGAUAAGCCUUUUCCGAUGCUUCUAAUGGUAAUAUUGACGCACGCAGCGCAGCUAGUUCCUGUUAUAUCUUUCCCAUGUUAUUUAAAGAAUAAAGCUGUAUAUUACAUAAAAAAGAAGGCCGAUAUCGUCCCUAAGGAGAAUUGCGCUGAUAUGAUUAUUUUUGGUGACUUGGCACCAAGGUUAAUUGAUGAAUUGGCGUCUUUAGUGGAUGAAGUAUUUGUUCCUCUUUUAUCAAAUCCAUUAAAUCACGAAGGAUGGCCGUUAGUUGUUUCACAAGAUAUUCUGAAGCAAAUACAUAACCUUAAGAGCACGGUUUACGAGGUCAAAGGCAAAGUUAACGGACAGACGGUUCUCCCGAUGCCUGUGGGUGUGGAGCUAGUUCACGAUGCGGAGAAGGAAAUGUUAAAGGGAAAGGAAGUUGAUUUAUAUUUGAAGAGUGCUAUUGAAGGAGUGGUCAUUAAAUGGGCUCAACAGAUCAAUGACGUCAUGAUGGAGGAUUCAUCGCAAGCUUUUGAGAACGGACAAAACCCACUGCCUAAUGUCGAGCUAGCGUUUUGGAAAUCUAGAUUAAACAAUUUAAAUUAUAUUUACGACCAACUACGUACAGAAAGGGUUCGAUGUAUGGCUGUUAUACUGGAAAAAACUACGUCGGCUUACUAUCCGUGUUUUAGUCGCUUAUUCAAAAAUAUCGUAUCAGCAUUGGCAGAAGCUCGUGAAAUCGAUUUGUAUCUUAGAACAUUAGAGAAACAUUUUCAAGCAUUUGAAGAUACUGAUUUUACCGAGUGUCAGCCACUAUUUCGACCUAUGUUUCACGUCAUUUGUAUGAUAUGGAGGGAUUCUAAGUAUUAUUGCAGUUCUUCGAAGCUAAUGGUUCUUAUAAAACAGAUAUGUAAUCUUUUAAUAUAUCAGGCAAAGAAAUGCUUAGACCCAAGUACACUGUUUCAUAGUGACAUUGAUGAAGCUGGACAACGUAUUCAAGUUACAAUAAAUAUUCUAAAAAAGUUUAGACAAACCUUUGACUAUUUCAAAGAAAAUUUACCGAAGUAUUUCGUUGAUCGGACAGUUAUACCCUGGACUUUCCACCCCAAUGUUGUAUUUGAAAGGAUGAAUAAUUUUCUUGAACGUUUAAAUACAAUUCAGUGGUUCUUUAAAACAGUUUUAGAGUUUCAAAAACUAGAAAAAAUUGAAAUAGGUGGCAUGAAAGGCCGCGUAUUAAGUGGACAAAUUAGGGAAAUUUCAGCAGAAUUUGAUGCUUAUUUUCAUGGAUUUGCAUCAAAGUCUUACGAUGUUUUAGACCCAGAUGAUGAAACGUUUAAUGCAGACUUUAAAGAAUUUCAAGAUAACAUUGUUGAUUUGGAUCUGAAAUUGUCCACAGUAUUAGUUGAAUCGUUUGAUAAUUGUUCUACAUUAGAAGCCAUUUUUAAGCUAAUUGAAAUUGUCGGCUCUGUAUUAGAUCGUCCGCUGAUCAGAAAUGAAUUCACAGCUAAAUAUGUAGAAAUAAUUGUAAUGCUUGAAAAAGAACUAGAAACAUGUGAGGAACUUUUCACCGAGCAGUCAAACAGGCACCAGAAAUAUGGACACAUGGAAAUUGACGCAUUUAUGCCUCCCAUAGCUGGGGGACUCCUGUUCAUGAAUAUGCUGGCUACAAGGAUAACCAAGCCUAUAGCCAGCUUUCGCAAUUUGCCGCACCCGAUAAAGGGUGCGGAAGAGGCUGUGAAAUUAUUUACGAGAUACGAAAAACUCAUUGAAAAUAUUAACGAGUUUAAAAAGAAGUAUUUUAAUGACUGGGCUAUUAAUAUUCCUAAAAUUAUUGAAGAAAAGACAAACAAACCAAUUCUGGCACGACAAGGAUCAGAUUUAGUACUGAAUUUCAGCCCAAUACUUUUAGAUCUUAUGAAGGAAGUUCGUCAUAUGAGAAACAACCCUGACGUGCAGAAUUUAUUGCCUAAAGAAAGUGUAGAAUUAUUUGACAAACAAGAAACUUAUCGUCAAUAUAGGAUUAACCUAGGUAUAACUAUUGAUUGGUAUAAUCAGAUUAGAAAAGAUAGUCAGAAGGUUGAAUUUGAUUUGGUGGAGGAUGAAAUAAAAGCAAUUGAUCAAAGGAUUGAUAUGGCACAAAAUAAACUUAAUUGGAAUUCUCAAGAUUUAUGGAGCUAUCUUGAAGAACUACAUAAAUUAGUAGGAAACUUAUAUCAGCGUAUGUCAAAAAUACAAGAUAAUCUCAAAGAAAUGAAAACGGCUAUGAAAGGAUGGGCUACGCAACCGUUGUUUGAAAGAAAGGAAGAGAAAAAGGAUACGCUUUUAAAUUUAGACGAUCGUAAAGAAAGAAUUCAUAAACGCUAUAAAGAUAUUAAAACGACAGCUGAUCAAAUUGAAACAUUAAUUAAUGAAAACAUGGUACUUUUUAACAUGCAAGAUAACCAACGGAGCGAGAUUUGGUUAGCGUAUGUUUCCUUUAUUGACUCCUUGUUUGAAGAAUCAUUGUUAAAAUCAAUUGCUUGCAGUCUGGGUUAUAUAUCUGAACAUAUGAAUCCAAACAACAAGCUCUCACCUUUAUUUGAAGCACAGUUGGAGCUGUUAGAACCAGACAUGGUUUUUGCCCCAAGUUUAAAUCCGGAUGAUGAGAAAGGUUUUAUGGCUUUGAUAAAUGACCUUAUAAAUGAUAUUUUGAAAAUGGCUUCCCUAGUUAAAAGGAUAGAUCCAAAGAAAGUGGAGAAUUAUGAAGAGGACAUAGUGGGAAAUGUUGACAUCAUUGAUAUGAAAGACAGUAUACUAAAUAGAAUAGAGCGGGUUAUAGAAGAGGCUAACGAUUUUUGUAAAACUUUUGAAAACUACUCGUAUUUAUGGCUUGAAGAAAGAGACGCGGUUAUGGAAAUAUUUUUAACAUAUGGACGUAUAUUGACACCAGAUGAAAUCGAUAGAAUUGGUUCUGAAGACAAAGAUGUUCAAGUGCCUGUUCCGUGUCCUCCUAAAAUGGAAGCUUUCAGAGAGCAAAUCGACCAUUAUGAAAAUCUUUUUUUGGACAUUGAGGAUAUGGAAUCUUACAAAGUAUUUAAUUCAUGGUUUCAGGUGGAUAUAAGGCCAUUCAGGAAAGCUUUAUUAAACACUGUGAGAAAAUGGGGCAAUAUGUAUAAAGAGCACUUAGUGAACAAUGUUAUUUCUAGUCUUAGUGAUCUUGGAAAUUUUAUAAGACAGGCAGAUGAAGGUUUACUACAACCCGUACCAGAAGGUAAUUAUGAAGCGUUAGUUACAGUAAUGGGAUAUUUGAUGCAUGUUAAGGAUAGAACAAUGACAACAGAUGAAAUGUUCCAACCUUUAACUGAAACAAUAGAAUUGCUUAAAUUUUAUGAUAUGGAUAUACCCGAAGAAGUCAACGUUCUUUUACAAGAACUACCUGAACAAUGGCAGGCUACUAAGAAAUUAGCUCUAACUGUGAAACAACAAGUAGCACCACUACAAGCUGCUGAAGUAGCAUGUAUCAGAAAAAAGAUAACCAUGUUUGAUGUACACAUCACUUAUUAUCGAGAAGUUUUUAAAAGAUAUGAUUUUUUCAAAUAUGAGUGUGAUGAUCCCUACGCUGUGAUGUCGAGAGUUGAUAAUGAAGUUUUUCAUUUAGAAGAUGAGAUGAAGAAUAUUCAAGAGUCAGGAUCUUUGUUUGAAGUCAACGUUCCUGAAUUUAAGCUUUUAAAACAAUGUCGAAAAGAAUUGCGUAUGUUAAAGCAACUUUGGGACUACGUACACAUAGUGCGUACAAGUAUCGAAGAUUGGAAAACUACACCGUGGCGAAAAAUAGACGUCGAAAAUAUGGACAUAGAAUGCAAAAAGUUUGCUAAAGAAAUAAGAUUGUUAGAUAAAGAAAUGAGGGGUUGGGACACUUAUAUUAAUUUAGAAGCUACAGUGAAAAAUAUGCUAACGUCUCUACGUGCAGUAGCAGAGCUUCAAAAUCCUGCUAUCAGAGAAAGGCAUUGGGAUCAACUUAUGAGGACUACGAAGAGCUUAGCUGCAUUACCGCCUGAACUUAUUGUCAGAAUUGUUAUGGAUGAAAAUACUACGCUAGCAGAUUUGCUUGCCUUAAAUUUGCAUGAAUGUGAAGAGGAGGUUAAAAAUAUAGUUGAUAAAGCUGUGAAAGAAAUGUCAAUGGAGAAAAUAUUAAAAGAUCUUAAUGCGACUUGGAGCGGAAUGGAAUUCGAGCAAGAAGUACAUACACGAACUGGUUGUAUUUUGUUAAGAGCCAGUGAAGAAUUGAUUGAAACUCUAGAAGAGAACCAGGUUCAACUUCAAAAUCUCAUUACUUCAAAAUUUAUUGCUCAUUUUCUGGAAGAGGUAUCGAGUUGGCAACAAAAGCUAUCAAUAGCUGAUCAAGUAAUAACGGUAUGGUUUGAAGUACAAAGGACUUGGUCGCAUUUAGAAAGUAUUUUUAUGAGCUCUGAAGAUAUUAGAAAACAAUUACCAGAAGAUUCAGCCAGAUUUGAUAGAAUAGAUGCAGAGUUUAAGAGUUUAUCAAAAGACAUGUCUAAAACGCCCAAUGUUGUAAAAGGGACUAAUAAAGAAGGUUUAGUUGAGAAGCUUGAUGGCUUACAAAAAGAUCUAAUAAUCUGCGAAAAAGCGUUAGCUGAAUAUUUGGAGACAAAGAGAUUAGCGUUUCCAAGAUUUUAUUUUGUUUCAUCUGCCGAUUUGUUGGACAUUUUAUCAAACGGUAAUCAAGCUGAAUUAGUGAUCAGACAUUUAACUAAGCUUUUUGAUUCCAUUGCAAAACUUAAAUUUAUCGAAAAUGAUAAGCCUGCAGAAAAAGUAGCUGCGGGGAUGAUUGCUAAAGACGGUGAAUAUGUAAAGUUUCAUGGAAGUUGCGACUGUACAGGACCCGUUGAGAUUUGGUUAAAUCGACUUCAAGCCAUUAUGAGGUCGACCAUUCGUCAAUAUUUUGGAGAAGCAAUUGUUUCAUAUGAGGAAAAACCUCGAGAGCAAUGGCUCUUUGAUUACAUGGCACAAGUAUCAUUAUGUGGUUCACAAAUCUGGUGGACUACAGAAGUGAAUAUGGCUUUUUCGAGACUGGAAGAAGGAUACGAUAAUGCUCUCAAAGAUUAUUACAAAAAACAAUUGGCUCAACUGAGUACCCUUAUCACUUUACUUAUAGGCGAAUUAAGCAAGCAGGAUCGUCAGAAAAUUAUGACAAUUUGCACGAUAGAUGUUCAUUCAAGAGAUGUAGUAAGUAAACUUAUUCAAGGAAAGAUAGAAGCAGGCUCAGCGUUUCAAUGGCAAUCUCAACUAAGACACAGAUGGGACGAAAAAGAAUCUCAUUGUUUCGCAAAUAUUUGUGACGCUCAGUUUAGAUAUAGUUAUGAAUAUUUAGGAAAUACUCCUAGAUUAGUCAUAACGCCACUGACCGAUCGAUGUUACAUAACUUUAACCCAGUCACUACAUUUAAUUAUGGGUGGAGGUCCCGCGGGACCAGCUGGUACAGGGAAAACAGAAACAACUAAAGACUUAGGUAGAGCUCUUGGCAUUAUGGUAUAUGUCUUUAAUUGUUCAGAACAGAUGGACUAUCAGUCUUGUGGUAAUAUUUAUAAAGGUUUAGCACAAACUGGUGCUUGGGGGUGUUUUGACGAAUUUAAUAGAAUUUCCGUAGAGGUGCUAUCAGUAGUCGCUGUUCAAGUUAAAUCUGUUCAAGAUGCUAUAAGAGAUAAGAAGAAAACUUUCAAUUUCAUGGGAGAAAUGAUAGUAUUAGUCCCUACUGUCGGUAUUUUUAUUACCAUGAAUCCUGGCUACGCAGGUAGGACAGAAUUACCAGAAAAUCUGAAAGCUUUGUUUAGACCAUGCGCGAUGGUUGUACCUGAUUUCGAACUUAUUUGUGAAAUCAUGUUAGUGGCGGAAGGUUUUCAAGAUGCUAAAAUCCUCGCUAGGAAGUUUAUUACCCUUUAUACUUUAUGCAAAGAAUUACUUUCUAAGCAAGAUCAUUAUGAUUGGGGAUUGCGAGCUAUCAAGUCUGUACUAGUAGUGGCUGGUUCCUUAAAGAGAGGUGACCCUGGAAGACCAGAAGAAGAAGUUUUAAUGAGGACGCUUCGUGAUUUCAAUAUCCCCAAAAUAGUAACAGAUGAUAUGCCCGUUUUUAUGGGUUUAAUUGGAGAUUUAUUUCCUGCUCUUGAAGUACCAAGAAAGCGUGACUUAGAGUUCGAAAGAACCGUGAAACAAGCAGCAAUGGAUUUGAUGUUACAACCUGAAGAUAAUUUUAUACUCAAAGUUGUACAAUUAGAAGAGUUAUUAGAAGUUCGUCAUUCUGUUUUUAUUGUUGGUAACGCUGGUACUGGAAAAACUCAAGUUUGGAAAACUCUCUUUAAAACCUAUCAAAACUUAAAAAAGAAACCUAUCUACAACGAUCUAAAUCCAAAAGCUGUUAGUAACGAUGACUUAUUUGGUAUUAUAAAUCCGGCAACGAGAGAAUGGAAAGAUGGCUUAUUCUCAGUAAUUAUGAGAGACCAAGCAAAUCUCGCAGGAGAAAAUCCCAAAUGGAUUGUUUUAGAUGGAGAUAUAGAUCCCAUGUGGAUUGAAUCAUUAAAUACUGUGAUGGAUGAUAACAAAAUUUUAACGUUAGCGAGUAAUGAAAGAAUUGCAUUGACUCCGAGCAUGAGACUUAUGUUUGAAAUUUCGAAUCUCCGAACAGCUACUCCAGCUACAGUUUCAAGAGCUGGAAUUUUAUACAUUAAUCCACAAGAUCUAGGCUGGAAUCCAUAUGUGACUAGUUGGAUCGAAACGAGAAAAAUUCCAGCCGAAAAGUCGAAUUUAGUCAUACUCUUUGAUAAAUAUAUCCCAGCUUGUUUAGAAACUGUGAGAAAUCGGUUCAAGAAAAUAACGCCAAUUGCUGAUAUGGCGCAUGUUCAAAUGCUGUGCCAUUUACUUAACUGUUUGCUAGUACCAGAAAACACACCAGCGGACUGUCCGAAAGAAUGGCACGAUAUUUAUUUUGUGUUUGCGUGUGUGUGGGCAUUUGGUUCUGCUAUGUUUCAAGAUACUAAUGUGGAUUAUAGAAUCGAAUUUACCAAAUGGUGGGUUAACGAGUUUAAAACUAUCAAAUUUCCGCAAGGAGGCACCGUGUUCGAUUAUUAUAUUGACACUGAAACAAAACAGUUUACACCGUGGACAGAGAAGAUCACGAAAUUUGAAUUGGACUCGGAUAUACCAUUACAGGCUGUACUUGUGCCUACAGCAGAAACUAUAAGAAUAAGAUAUUUCUUGGACUUACUAAUGAAAAAUAAGCACCCAGUUAUGUUGGUUGGGGGUGCUGGCUGCGGUAAAACAGUUUUGGUCAGCGAAAAGUUGCAGAGCCUGCCAGAAUCAUAUGCUGUGCAAUCUGUUCCAUUCAAUUUCUAUACUUCGUCGGAAAUGUUACAAAAGGUUUUAGAAAAACCUUUAGAAAAAAAAGCUGGUCGAAAUUAUGGCCCUCCCGGGAACAAGACUCUCAUAUACUUUAUAGAUGAUAUGAAUAUGCCCGAAGUCGAUGCUUAUGGGACCGUCCAACCGCAUACAAUCAUAAGACAACAUCUAGAUUACAAUCAUUGGUACGACCGAACUAAGCUAACCCUUAAGGAUAUUCACAAUACUCAAUACGUGUCAUGUAUGAACCCGACAUCUGGUAGUUUCACAAUAAACCCAAGGCUCCAAAGACACUUCUGUGUAUUUGCUAUCAGUUUUCCAAAUACUGAAGCCUUGAAUAACAUUUAUCAUUCUAUACUAAGUCAACACUUGAUGAAUCCUGAGUUGAGAAUAAAUGCACAAGUUGCAAAGUUAUCUACAAAUAUUGUUACAGCAUCUAUAGUUUUGCAUAAUAAGGUGUCACAAAUAUUUUUACCGACUGCCAUCAAGUUUCACUACAUUUUUAAUUUACGAGAUUUAUCGAACAUCUUCCAGGGAUUCUUAUUUAGUACCAAUGAAUGUCUAGUUAAUCCUUCUGAUUUAAUUCGAUUAUGGAUGCACGAAACACAUAGAGUCUAUGGUGAUAAACUUACUGAAGAUAAAGACAUCGAUGCAUUUUUAAAAAUGCAGGUUGAUAUAUGCAAGAAAAAUUUUGAGGAUAUCGACGAGGGUGUAGUUUUUGAACGUCCUAAUAUCUACUGUCAUUUUGCUGGUGGGAUUGGUGAGCCCAAAUAUAUGCCUAUUACGUCUUGGGAUCAACUCAACAAACUUUUGACAGAAGCCAUGGCCAGUUACAACGAUCUCAUAGCUGCUAUGAAUUUAGUGCUAUUUGAAGAUGCAAUGAUGCAUAUUUGCAGAAUAAGUCGAAUUCUCGAAAGUCCACGGGGAAGUGCAUUGCUAGUUGGUGUUGGAGGAUCUGGUAAACAGUCACUAUCACGGCUUGCUGCCUUUAUAUCCAGCUUAGAAGUGCUGCAAAUACAACUGAAGAAAGGAUAUGGGGUUUCAGACCUUAAGCAUGAACUGUCAGGUUUAUAUAUCAAAACGGGUCUGAAAAAUGUUGGUAUUAUGUUUCUAAUGACUGAUGCCCAGGUGGCCAACGAACAGUUUCUGGUGUUGAUUAAUGAUUUAUUGGCAUCGGGUGAAGUAGCUGAUCUUUUCCCUGAUGACGAAAUAGAAAACAUUAUUGGUGGUGUUAGAAAUGAGGUAAAAGGUGCAGGCUUACCUGAUACCCGAGAGAUAUGCUGGAAGUUUUUCAUUGAUAGAGUUCGGAAACAAUUAAAAGUUGUGUUGUGUUUUUCACCUGUUGGUUCAACGUUGAGAGUUAGAUCUAGAAAAUUUCCAGCUUUGAUCAAUUGUACUUCAAUAAAUUGGUUCCAUGAAUGGCCUCAAGAGGCUUUAGUAUCAGUAUCCGUGAAAUUCUUAGAAGGACUUCACGUUUUACCGAUAACAUUACGAGAUUCUGUAUCAAGAUUUAUGGCAUAUGUUCAUACUUCAGUGAAUUCAAUAUCUAAAGCGUACUUAGCCAAUGAAAGAAGAUAUAAUUAUACCACACCAAAAAGCUAUUUGGAACAAAUAAGUUUAUAUGCAAAACUUGUUAAUCAAAAAACUGAUGAACUUCAAGCCAAGAUUUCCAGGUUAGAGAAUGGUUUGGAAAAGUUGCGCAGCACGGCGUGUCAAGUAGACGAGUUAAAAGCAAAAUUGGCAGUACAAGAAAUAGAAUUACAACAAAAGAAUGAGGCUGCUGACAAACUUAUAGAGAUGGUGGGAAUUGAGACUGCUAAAGUUCAAAGUGAAAAAGCCCUAGCUGACGAGGAGGAAGAAAAAGUAGCGGUUAUAGCGGAAGAAGUCUCAAAGAAGCAAAAAGAUUGUGAAGAAGAUUUAAUAAAAGCAGAACCUGCGCUUGUAGCUGCACAAGAAGCAUUAAAUACUUUAAAUAAGGCCAAUCUUACAGAGCUUAAAUCGUUUGGCUCACCACCUGGUGCUGUUACAAAUGUCACUGCUGCUGUUAUGGUAUUACUCGCUCCUGGUGGUAAAAUACCCAAAGAUAGAAGUUGGAAAGCUGCUAAGAUGAUGAUGGCUAAAGUAGAUGUAUUUUUGGAAUCUCUUGUUCAUUAUGACAAAGAAAAUAUACAUCCAGAUGUCAUAAAAGCCAUUCAGCCAUAUUUAAAAGAUUCGGAAUUCGAACCGGAGUUUGUGAGAUCUAAAUCAGCUGCAGCUGCUGGACUUUGUGCUUGGGUCAUUAACAUCAUUAAAUUUUACGAAGUAUUUUGUGAUGUAGAACCUAAACGAAAAGCUUUAGCAGCAGCUAAUGCUGAGUUAGCGGCUGCUACUGAAAAAUUAAAAUCAAUUAAGUCUAAAGUCGCGUCGUUAGAAGAGCAGUUGGCUACUCUAACAGCAGACUUCGAAAAAGCAACAUUAGAAAAACUUAAGUGUCAACAGGAGGCAGAUGCUACUAACAGAACUAUUCAGCUUGCAAAUCGAUUAGUAAAUGGUCUUGCAAGUGAAAAUGUGCGUUGGGCAGAAUCGGUUUCAAACUACAUGCAACAGAGUACAACGUUACCGGGUGAUGUACUUCUUGUAUGUGCUUUUAUAUCCUAUGUUGGAUGUUUUACGAAGCAAUACAGGCUUGACUUAUUACAUAAAAAUUGGCUUGUUUUCCUAAAGACAUUAGAGCCACCAAUUCCAAUAACCGAGGAAUUAGAUCCUUUGUCAAUGUUGACUGAUGAUACUACUAUAGCGAUGUGGCAAAACGAGGGCUUGCCUUCGGAUAGGAUGAGCACUGAAAACGCUACAAUACUUUCUAACUCGGACCGUUGGCCUCUUAUGAUCGAUCCCCAGCUUCAAGGGGUUAAGUGGAUUAAACAAAAGUAUGGCGACAAGUUGCGUGUAAUACGUCUUGGACAAAAAGGUUACCUUGAUACUAUUGAAAAGGCUAUAAUAAAAGGAGAAACUGUUUUAUUAGAAAAUAUAGGCGAAACAGUGGAUCCGGUAUUAGAUCCAUUGCUCGGCAGAAACUUAAUUAAAAAGGGAAGAGCGAUAAAAAUAGGGGACAAAGAAGUUGAAUAUAGUCCGAACUUUAGACUCAUACUCCAUACGAAAUUGGCAAAUCCACAUUAUAAGCCAGAAAUGCAAGCCCAAACUACCUUGGUUAAUUUUACUGUAACCAGAGAUGGCUUAGAAGAUCAGCUAUUAGCUGAAGUAGUGAAAGCGGAAAGACCUGACCUUGAAGAAUUGAAAGCAGAGUUAACAAAACAACAGAACGAGUUUAAAAUUCAAUUAAAAGAGCUUGAAGAUGAUUUAUUAUCCAGAUUGUCAUCAGCUGGUGAAAAUAUUUUGGGUGAUACAGCUUUAGUGGAAAAUUUAGAAACUACAAAAAAGACAGCGGCAGAUAUUGAAAAGAAAGUUACAGAAGCUAAAGUCACAUCGUAUCAAAUUGAUCAAGCGCGGGAAUUCUAUCGACCUGCAUCAGCAAGAGCUUCCUUACUUUAUUUCAUACUAAAUGAUUUAAAUACGAUUAAUCCAAUUUACCAGUUUUCAUUAAAGGCUUUUAGUGUUGUAUUUCAAAAAGCCAUUUCUCGAGCGGAACCAGCUGAUGAAGUGAGCCAACGGGUAAAGAAUCUCAUCGAUUGUAUAAGCUAUUCGGUUUUUCAAUAUACAUCCAGAGGUCUCUUUGAGUGUGACAAAUUAAUUUUCGCAUCCCAGAUGACUUUCCAGGUACUCUUAAUGAGUGAAGAAAUUACACCGGCGGAAUUGGACUUUUUUCUGCGAUUCCCAAUCAAGCCCCACGUAACGAGUCCAGUUGACUUUUUGUCUAAUACAAGUUGGGGUGGAAUAUGUUCACUUGCUAGUAAAGAUGAGUUUCGAAAUCUUGACAGAGAUAUAGAGACAUCACCAAAACGAUGGAAGAAAAUAGUGGAAAUGGAAUGUCCUGAAAGAGAAAAGUUUCCACAGGAAUGGAAGAACAAAACAGCUUUACAGCGAUUGUGUAUGCUUAGAGCAUUGCGACCUGACAGAAUGACUUAUGCUGUGGCAGCGUACAUAGAAGAAAGAAUGGGUUCAAAAUACGUAGAAAAUAGGACAGUAGAAUUCAGUAAAUCAUUCGAAGAAACCAGUCCAACCACACCAAUAUUCUUUAUUCUGUCUCCUGGCGUGAACCCCCUCAAGGACGUCGAAGCUUUAGGAAAAGUAAUGGGAUUCUCAAGUGAUAUAGGAAAUUUUCACAAUGUCUCUUUGGGCCAGGGCCAAGAAAUAGUAGCGGAACAAGCAAUGGAUGAGGCGAUACAGAAGGGGCACUGGGUUGUUUUGCAGAAUAUUCAUUUAGUAAAAAAAUGGUUACCAAGUCUUGAGAAGAAAAUGGAGAGUUUCGCUUCAGGUUGUCACAACGACUUUCGACUGUUUAUGUCGGCUGAACCAGCAGCAACACCAACUGCUCAUAUCAUACCGCAGGGUAUACUGGAGUCUAGCAUAAAAAUCACUAAUGAACCACCGACGGGAAUGCAGGCUAACAUUCAUAAAGCUCUAGAUAAUUUCAACCAAGAAACUCUAGAGAUGUGUGGUAAGGAAGCGGAAUUUAAAGCGAUCCUCUUUGCCUUAUGUUACUUUCACGCUGUAGUAGCUGAGAGGAGGAAAUUUGGACCUCAGGGUUGGAACAAAAUAUAUCCGUUCAAUGUUGGCGACCUUACUAUUAGUGUCUUUGUUUUAUAUAAUUAUUUGGAAGCUAAUUCUAAAGUUCCUUGGGAGGAUUUACGAUAUCUUUUCGGUGAAAUAAUGUAUGGAGGACACAUUACAGACGACUGGGAUCGACGUCUGUGUAAUGCAUAUUUAGAAGAAUUAAUGCAACCAGAUCUUGUUGACGGAGAAUUGCAACUAGCGCCAGGGUUUCCUGCGCCACCCAAUACAGAUUACUCUGGUUAUCAUCAAUAUAUAGAAGACGCUAUGCCCCCGGAAUCACCGUAUCUCUACGGCCUGCACCCUAAUGCUGAAAUAGGUUUUCUGACAACUACUUCGGAAAAUUUAUUUAGAACUAUAUUCGAGAUGCAACCGAGAGACGCUCAAGCUUCUGGCGCAACAACGAUUACUAGAGAAGAUAAGGUAAAGCAAAUGCUUGAUGAGAUAAUGGAGAAGCUUCCAGAGGAGUUUAACAUGGUAGAAAUUAUGGGUAAAGUGGAGGAACGCACGCCGUAUGUGAUCGUCGCGUUCCAGGAGUGUGAAAGAAUGAACAAUUUAACAGGAGAGAUGAAGCGGUCACUGAAGGAAUUAGACUUAGGACUAAAGGGAGAAUUAACAAUUACAUCUGACAUGGAAGACUUGGAGAACGCUUUGUUUUUGGACCAGGUACCCGCCAUCUGGGCUAAUAGAGCAUACCCUUCCUUAUUAGGCUUGUCUGCGUGGUUCGUCGAUCUACUUCUUCGGCUUCGAGAAUUAGAAACUUGGGCUACUGAUUUCGUUUUGCCGGCGUCGGUAUGGUUGGCUGGUUUCUUCAAUCCGCAGAGCUUGUUGACUGCAAUUAUGCAAAGCACAGCGCGUCGUUAUGAGCUGCCAUUGGAUAAAAUGUGCUUACAGUGUGACGUCACUAAGAAAAUGAAAGAAGAAUUUACGUCAGCUCAACGUGACGGUGCUUAUGUCCACGGUUUGCUCAUGGAGGGUGCUCGGUGGGAUGUGCAAGCAGGCAUUAUUAUGGAUUCAAGGCUUAAAGACUUGUUUCCACCAAUGCCUGUUAUUAAUGUCAGGGCGAUAACACAAGACAAACAAGAUUUACGUAACAUGUACGAGUGUCCUGUGUACAAAACACGAACCCGUGGCCCCACUUACGUGUGGACGUUCAAUCUAAAGACCAAGGACAAGCCCUCAAAGUGGACUUUAGCGGGAGUUGCACUGCUGCUUCAAACCUAA